CCUCAGGAGAAGCUAUGACUUGGAACGACACCACUAUGGACGGGGAAGGGUUGCUGGUGGAAAGGGACUCUUCCUUUAGGAUCCUCACAGGCUGCUUCCUCUCUUUGCUGAUCCUCUCCACACUGCUGGGAAACACGCUGGUCUGUGCAGCUGUCAUUAGGUUUCGCCACCUCAGGUCCAAAGUCACCAACUUUUUUGUCAUCUCCUUGGCUGUGUCAGACCUUUUGGUGGCAGUUUUGGUAAUGCCGUGGAAAGCUGUGGCUGAGAUUGCUGGUUUCUGGCCUUUUGGUUCAUUUUGCAAUAUUUGGGUGGCCUUUGAUAUUAUGUGCUCAACAGCCUCCAUCUUAAAUCUCUGUGUCAUCAGUGUGGACAGAUACUGGGCCAUCUCCAGCCCAUUUAGGUAUGAGAGGAAAAUGACCCCCAAGGCAGCCUUCAUCCUGAUCAGCGUGGCGUGGACUUUGUCUGUGUUGAUUUCCUUCAUCCCUGUGCAGCUGAAUUGGCACAAGGCUACAACCACAAGCCUUUUGGACCUCAAUGCCAGUUUACAAGGCAUAAGCAUGGACAACUGUGAUUCUAGCUUAAACAGGAUGUAUGCCAUCUCCUCUUCUCUAAUUAGCUUCUAUAUACCUGUGGCCAUCAUGAUAGUAACUUACACGAGGAUAUACAGGAUUGCUCAGAAGCAAAUACGACGCAUCUCAGCUUUGGAGAGAGCAGCAGUGCAUGCCAAGAACUGCCAGAACACGAGUGGCACCAGAAGCAGUAUGGACUGCCAGCAACCAGAGAGCAACUUCAAAAUGUCCUUCAAGAGGGAAACGAAGGUUUUAAAGACUUUGUCAGUGAUCAUGGGGGUGUUUGUUUGCUGCUGGUUGCCAUUCUUUGUUUUGAACUGCAUGAUUCCCUUCUGUGAGCCUACCGAACCGUCCAAGGGAGCAGAAGCUUUCUGCAUUAACUCCACAACCUUUGAUGUUUUUGUUUGGUUUGGGUGGGCUAAUUCUUCCCUCAACCCCAUAAUUUAUGCCUUCAAUGCUGAUUUCCGCAAGGCUUUUUCAACCCUGCUGGGAUGCUACAAGCUCUGCCCUAUAUCUGGCAAUGCUAUAGAGACUGUUAGUAUUAACAAUAAUGGAGCAGCUGUUUUUUCGAGCCAACAUGAGCCCAAAGGGUCCAGCCCCAAAGAGUCUAAUCUGGUUUAUCUAAUUCCACAUGCAAUUAUCUGUCCGGAAGAAGAACCUCUCAAAAAGGAAGAAGAGGGUGAGCUAUGUAAGACCUUGGAGAAAAUGUCUCCAGCACUGUCAGGUAUCUUGGAUUAUGAAGCCGAUGUUUCUUUGGAGAAGAUCAAUCCCAUCACACAAAAUGGGCAGCACAAAACCUGAGCAGUAAGGUUUACCCAGCAAGACCUAAUAGUGUA